AUGAUUGUCAUUUCCCUCUUCUGGUGGAUGGAGAAAUCCAAGUUCGAGAAGAUAAGCGACGUCAUCCUGGGAAUCCUCUACUCGCCGGUGCUUGUCGUUGCCGCAAUCUUCGAGACUCGCUCAGCCGCCGACAUCAGGAACAACCGAGCAAGAAGCGAGGAAGACGACGACACGAUCGAGGACGCAAAGACCAACCUGGAGUAUGAUCCUACGAUCUGCGAGGUCCAGAAGUUGCGAAACGAGUUUGAAGAGCUCAAAGAGAUGUUGGUCGAAAUCUCCAAGGCUGUUUCGGCUGGGAAUGCCUGUGACGGUCAAGCUUCGACCAACUUGAUUGAUCUCGGAGAGCCAGCGGAAAGCUCUUCCAGCAAGAAGAACAAGAAUGAGAAGAAGUCAGUCGAUAAUGCCUCCGCAGUGGCAGCAGCAGCCUCCUCUAGCUCGAGCGAUGAAGAGCGAAAAGCUUUCAUCUGA